AUGAAGCGCAAGCUGGAUGCCAAUGAUGUGCCUACCCCAGCAGAGGAGUUUGGGGAAAAAGAAGAGCCUUCUACUUUUACAGAUCUAGGGCUCGACUCCAGAUUGCUGCAGGGCAUUGCGAAGCAGAAUUUCCACGCGCCAACAGUGGUGCAGAGCAAAGCAAUACCAUUAGCAUUGGAAGGACGAGACAUACUGGCGAGAGCGAAGACUGGAUCCGGAAAGACAGCAGCGUAUUUGCUUCCCAUUUUGCACUUAAUCUUGAAGCGGAAAGAGAUUUCAGCGACCCAGUGCACAUCUGCUCUCAUCCUCGUACCCACUCGCGAACUCGCCGAACAAGUUACUAAAGCCGUCGAAUCAUUUGCGGCCUUCGCUACGAAGGACAUUCGAGCUAUCAACCUCACCCAGAAAGUUUCAGAUGCGGUGCAAAGGUCGCUCCUCGCAGAUUUCCCCGAUAUUGUUAUAACCACCCCCGCUAGAGCUUCCGCGAACCUCGAAUCAUCAGCUCUAUCCCUCGAACACCUUGCACACUUGGUUAUUGAUGAGGCGGACUUGGUUCUAUCUUACGGAUACGAUGAGGACUUGCAGAACGUUGCCAAGAUCAUGCCAAAGGGGGUGCAAACAAUCCUGAUGAGUGCUACCUUGACGACUGAGGUAGAAACUUUGAGGGGCUUGUUUUGUCGGAACCCAACGGUACUGAAGCUUGAGGAAGCAGAGACUGAGGGAGAAGGAGUUAGCCAGUUUGUCGUCAAGUGUGGAGAAGACGAAAAGUUCCUACUGAUCUAUGUCAUCCUCAAACUCAAGCUCAUCAAAGGCAAGAUCAUUGUAUUUGUUGAUGAUAUCGAUAGAUGUUACAGAUUGAAACUAUAUUUGGAGCAAUUCGGGAUCAAGAGCUGUAUUCUAAACUCUGAAUUACCCGUCAAUACCAGGAUCCAUGUCGUGGAAGAGUUUAACAAAAAUGUUUACGAUGUGAUCAUUGCUUCAGACGAGCACGAAGUUCUAGGCGAUGAGGACGAAGUAAAAGCCGACGAGGCGGAGGACGAGUCUACUCCUGCAACCGAGAAGGCGCCAAUUGAGAAUAAGAAGGGAGGAAACCCCGAUGAAGUGAAAGAGCCAUCGAAAAAGAAGCGAAAGACGGCGGAGAAAGAUAAGGAGUACGGGAUUUCAAGAGGUAUUGAUUUCCAAAAUGUUGCAUGCGUGCUGAAUUUUGAUCUACCAACUUCAUCCAAGUCAUAUACCCACCGGAUUGGCCGCACAGCUCGAGCCGGUCAGACUGGAAUGGCCUUGUCAUUUGUCAUUCCGGCCAACUUAUAUCAGAAGCACAUGCCAACUAGCAUUGCAUCCUCAGCGAAUGAUGAGAAGGUCUUGGCAAAGAUCAUGAAACACCAGGCGAAGAAAGGCAAGGACGUGAAACCAUAUCACUUUCCCAUGGAGCAUGUAGACGCAUUCAGGUAUCGAAUGGGCGAUGCUCUCCGAGCUGUCACGCGAAUCGCAAUUCGAGAAGCGAGGACCAGAGAGUUGAGGCAGGAGCUAAUGAAGAGCGAGAAAUUGAAGAGGCAUUUCGAAGAAAACCCGGGCGAUUUGCACCAUCUCCGUCAUGAUGGGGAGUUGCGACCUGCGAGAGUGCAGUCUCAUCUGAAGCACGUGCCCAAUUAUUUGUUGCCGGAAGGAGGCAAGAAGGCGAUUACCCCUGGAGAUGUCGGAUUUAUUGGACUUCGAUCGACGAGCGAGAAUCGGUACAGAAAACCUAAGGCGGGGAAGGGACGAGGGAAGAAAACUAUGGGAAGAAAGGUAAACCCUUUGAAAACAUUCAGGGGCAAAGCGCGGAAGUAG